CCGUUUUAAAGCUCUCCACACCACCUAGACGCAGAAACGAGAGAGGGAGACAAUCAAAUCAGCUUUCUGACUCCUCUCUCUCUCUGCCUGGAACUCCCGCAGGUUUGAGUGUGAAAGAUGGGUAGUACUGGUGGUGAUGAAGUAAUGAUUUCUGGGAGUGGUGAGGCUCAAUGUUCCGAGGCCACUGUUGAGAUAAAAAUAAAAACACUGGAUUCUCAAACAUAUACUUUGCGAGUGGAUAAAUGUAUGCCAGUUCCUGCUUUAAAAGAACAAAUUGCUAGUGUUACCGGUGUGUUAUCCGAACAACAGCGCCUCAUAUGCCGUGGAAGGGUUUUGAAGGAUGAUCAACUCCUCUCAGCUUACCAUGUGGAAGAUGGUCACACAUUGCAUCUUGUUGUUAGACAACCAUUUCUGCCAUCAUCAGAGAGCUUGCCUGAUAAUUCAGCCACAGAUCCUGCAUCAAAUGCUCUUCGUAAUCAAGGUUUUCAUGUAGGUUCUAGUGUGGUAGUUUUAUCCGAGCAAGGGGAUGGAGUUCCAGAUCUCAGUCGGAUUGUCUCAGCUGUUCUCAGUUCUUUUGGAGUCAAUAAUGUUCGAAGUGGCAGUGAAGGGGCUGACCCUAGGGAUCCUGUCCCAGAGAGGGGCUCAGGAACUCCUGGUUUAAGUGGUUUGAGAGACUCUAGCAGCAGACAGCAACCUAACCAGGCUGCUACAAUUGAUCAGUCUAAUCCUCUCAAUGGUGCUUCUUUGCUUCCAAAUGAUGUUACCUUGGAGCAGCUGCAGCCACCGGUGAUUCCUGAUUCUUUGACAACUUUGUCUCAGUAUUUGCGGAAUAUGAGACAUGAAUUUGGUGGCAGUGUCAGAGGCCAUGGCAAUAAUUCUGCUGCUGGAAUUCAUGGUUGUGAUUUACAAAACUCUGAGGCUACCUUGCAGUCAGAUGUUACACAAGGAGGGCUUCCAACACCUGCAUCCUUGGCAGAAGUGAUACUUUCUACUAGACAAAUACUCAUUGAACAAGCUGCAGAGGACCUCUCACAACUCACAAGACAACUAGAGAAUCAUGCAAAUGUGACUGAUCCUUCAGCACGGAGGAGCAUCCAAUCUAAUGCCUUGAGAUUAGGAGCCAUCUUGCAAAAUUUAGGUGCUUUGCUGCUUGAGCUUGGUCGAACAACCAUGACAUUGCGAAUGGGUCAAACACCGAAUGAUGCUGUGGUUAAUGCUGGACCUGCAAUCUUUAUAUCCACAUCUGGUCCCAAUCCUAUAAUGGUUCAGCCACUUCCUUUUCACCCGGGAACAAGUUUUGGGGCCAUACCCAUGGGAACUGUUCAACCUGGCUCUGGUUUCUCUAGUGGUACUCUUCGUUCUGGUUUUCUUCCAAGGAAUAUUGACAUUAGAAUUCGUACAGGUUCAAUGAUGCCCCCGUCUGUUAUUAACCAAAGGGAACCUGCUGGUGGUCAGACAUCCCAGGGGCAAACAAGCCCAGCACUUUCUGGUGGUGUUAAUUCCAUUCACCAACCUGCUGCAGCAGCCUCUAGGAGUUCAUCUUCAACCAGGGAGGCUGAAGUACGGGUUGUGCCCAUUAGGACAGUGGUCGCUGCAAUACCUGCUGCUGCUAGGCGCUCACCUUCUGAUUCAUCUCGCAGUUCAAUGGGAUUAUUUUAUCCAGUUCUAGCCAGAGUUCAACAUGUAAUGUCUGGAAAUUAUAAUGGUGCAAGAGGUUCUCAAGCAUCUGAUGAACAUCAACCUAGGGGUCUAGGCGCACAGCAGCAAUCAGUUCCUGAAUCUGCAUCACAACAGAACAUAGAAUCUCAAGUUAGAGAUGGUGGUGAGAAUCCUAAUUUUCAAACAGCUUCCACACAGUUGCGCAGUGGCCUUGAUCAGUUGCUAAGGACUAUAUUCCCUGUUGAACAAAUCCAUGUUGGUAGUGAUGUCAACUUUCAGGGUACAGGUACAAGUUCCACCGGGAUCACAGGAACAACUGAGGCUGCUGCAAAUACAGAGGAGAUAGAGCCAAGAGUGGGUGAUGAAGGAACCUUCUUGUCUAAUUUGCUUCAUCAUAUCAUGCCGCUCAUAUCUCAAAAUUCAGCCAUGGGGUCAAGUGAUGCAGCUGCAGAUCGAGCAGAUGUUGGGAGUAUAAAUGGACAGGAUUCCACAACACAUCCCCAGGAAAAUUCAGAUGUUGGGACCUCCUCAGGCAGACAACGUGACCCUCCAUCACCUCCAAACUCAAAACGUCAAAAGAAGGAGUGAGUUAGAAGGAUCGGCCUCAAAAUACCAAUGCAAAACACAGAACAUGAUGAAGUCUCUUGAUGCAGUGAUGCUGAGAUAUGUAUCAUGAGUAUGGCAUAUCAGAUUGCAGUUUGCAGCUGACUUAUGUCCACAUAUAAUAUAGAGACCCUAUAAUCUUUGAAAUUUUUUUCUCUCUUUUCAAUUAUUCCUUGUUGAGUUUAUUAUUUGUUUUUAAUAUUGUCAGUGUACAACAAUGGCGCUAGAUGCACUGUGUAAAAUUUCUGUGAAUUUUCCAAUUAAAUUAUAUUUAAGAGCUUUAGUAGAUUA